AUGAGUACAGAUGAAUAUAAAGAACCUCCUCCCUACAUACCUGUUGAAGCUCCGGGGAACGGGCCGCACAUUUACCACAUUCCGUUACCCCCUCCUCCACCUCCUCUCCCACGGGUCCCCAUACCUCAGGUCCACAAAACACCAGUAUACAUCAACCAAGGACCAGGUCUCGAAUCUGGUGAUCUGGUGAACUCUGUGAGCUACGACGCGACACUGGGGGAUUCUCCUGGCGUGGCAAUCUGCACCUCGUGCCAGCAGCAGGUCAUGACCGAUGUUACCUACAAAGCUGGGACUUUUGCCUGGAAAAUGUUCGCACUCUUCUUCUUCCUCGGGUUAACCAUGUGCCUGCUCCCAUUCCUCUUGUUCAUCUUGUGGAAAAAGACAAAGGAUGUGUACCACACGUGUCCCCUCUGCAACAGAGUCCUGCACAUAAAUAAGAGACGAUGCUGUAAAUGA